AUGGGUUUGUUUGCUUGUUUUGCGAGAUGGGUUUCUCUGAUGUUUUUCUUUGAUUGCUUUCAGAAGGAUACAUUGAGUUUGAACAAUGAUGAUGACUACGCGAGUGACAAUGGGGAUUCAGAACAGGAAAUGGAUGAGAACAAUCCUGUGGUGGACGAGUCUCUGAUGAGUACAGCCGAGGUGAAAGGUAAACACAAGCGUAGACACUCUAAGUGCUGGAACUUUUUUACUAUAGAAGGAGAUAGGAUGCCUGAUGGAAAAUUUAAAUGUGUCUGCAACUACUGUAACCACUUCUACAUCCUAGACUUACAUAAAAGUGGAACCAAUACCCUUCUUCGCCACUCAAGAACCUGCCCUAAAACCCCUAAUAACACAUGUCCUAAGAUCGAUCAGUUGGUGUUUCGAGAAAUGAUUGCUGUGGCUAUUGUGGAACAUGAUUUACCUUACGCCUUUGUUGAGUACAUAAGAGUUCGAGAAGCAUUGCAUUAUGCCAACCCGACCAUAGAGUUCUGGUGUCGAAACACGGCGGUUUCAGAUGUUUUUAAGAUCUUUGAGAGGGAGAAAAUGAAGCUCAGGCAGGUGUUGAGUGAAGUUCUGGGUAGGAUCUGUCUAACGACGGAUCUAUGGAGAGCAAUAACAAUCAAAGGUUAUCUCUGUCUUACUGCCCACUAUGUCGACGCUGAGUGGAACCUUAGAGCUAAGAUCCUCUCCUUUUUGCACUUUCCCUCCACCCCAUUCUGGUCCGGCCAUUGCCAUGAAGCUAAUGGAGCUGAUUAA